CUAUUGGAAUAUUAUUAUUUAAAACAUUUUUACUGUAUCUUGAAAAUUUCAAGUGGUGUCUAAAGCAAAUGUACACAUAUUAAGAAGGUACACAAUUCUAUAAAGUUUAUAUUGUUUACAUAAAACUAUCAUUAAAUAAAAUAAAUCCAACCAAUUAAAAAAGAUGAAGUAUUACAUAAUUGGUCACAAAUAUAAAAUAUCAUUAAAUUUUAUCUAAAAUAAUGAAAGCAUUACUUAUUUGCAACCAAUUUUUUAAAUACCACUUAAAAUGAAACAGAGGGGUAUUUGAUAAUAGGAUGGAGUGGAUUAACAAUAAUUCAACAUAUUUUAAUUAGUGAUAUUAAUUUAAGACAGUUUUUGAAAUUUUGACAUCUAAGUAAAACUUAAUAAAACAUUUUAGUAUAUUUUACUAGUUUUUAAGAAAACAUUAUUUGUGUAAGAAGCAUUUAGCAUCAAAUUUUAUUAUUAUAAAUGUAAAUGAAAAUUUUGAUAUUUAAAUAUUUAAUUAAAAUUAAGAUUUAACAUAUUUACUUAGGGGUAUUAAUUAAGUCUUUUUAUUUGAUUUUUGAGAGACAAUAGUUUGGAAAUACUCAAUUUUUAUUUUAAAAAUAAUCGGUAUGAUUAUUUAUCACAUUUUAAAUUACUUUGUUUUCAGUUAUAUGUGUAAAAUCUUGGAAGCAUUUAGCGUUAAUUUUUACUGAUUAUUGACCAAAAUUGAAUAAAACAAAUUUUCAAGGACUGCAGUACAAUUGUAGGUGUAUGAAAGAAAUGGUUGGUGUUUUGUCUGGUUAAAAAAAAACGCAAGAAUCCAAGGCGGGCGGGCCAGGUAGGCAGGUACGUAUCCAACUCUGAACUUAAGGAUGUAAAGAGUAACCGAAGUCCUUACCUACCAUUUUCCGGUCUCAGAUUGGACUAAUGAGUGGGGAGCACCUGGUUCAUGCGAUACGAGCCUGGUUCUGAGCAGUGCCGGCCCUGGGGUAAAACACCUAAAGCAGUGGCUUUAGGCGCCAUAGCUUUAUAUAAAAUAAGGGGCGAAAAGACUUUGUAAAGUCACAUUAGCUUAGUGGUUUGAGUUCUAUAAAACCAAGACUUUUAGUCAAUUUGACAUGAACAAAUUGGUUACCUUUUCUAACAACUUAUUAGUUUCUUUUACUACAACACUGUAUUAAAUGGUAUAUAUUAGUAAUAAAUUAUUUAACUAAUUAAAUCUUGAUUAUUUUUUUUGUGGGGAUAUUUUUUUUUUCUUGACUCCCCCCCCCCCAAUCUUCCAUGUUCACGUUUUCUCCAUUUCUUCAUUUUUUGUAAAUUUUUAUAUUGAAUGAAAAUUUAUAUUAUAUGAUAAUACAAAAUAUCGUAAAUUGGGUUCUAAUAUUCUCUGAGACAUUUCUCAAAAUGAAAUUAGUGUUAAUGUUAACCUUUUAUCAUAUGUAUUGCUAUAUUAUACAAUUUAUGUUCUUCUUCUUAUUCUUAGAAUUAAGAAUCAAUUAAAUGAAUUGUCAAUGGAAUAUUUUUUUUUGUGCAACUGUCGAUGGAAUACAAACUAUCUAAAACGUGGUUAUUCAAAGUUGAUCAGCGAGAAAAAAAUAUUUGUCACAUAUAUGGUGCAUUAUUUUUUGGAUUCCCUUUAGGCACCACGUUAGUCCGGACCGGCCCUGGUUCUGAGCCUGAGGAAAAGUGCUGCUUUCUUCCGUGCAUAAGACGACGUGAGGAUCAAGGACCUUUUCUCACGCCGGAAGAAGAGGAGCGCCUGUUUGAAGAACAAGUCGAGAAUAGCCAGGUUUGUUUGAUUUUCAUCUAAUUAUAGGGCCUUUUGUCUAAGGAAACUAAUCUUGUGAUUAUAAUUAGGGUUUUGACAUCAACUUUGAGGAGUUCAGCUGCGUUUUUAAUUACGUACCAGUUGAUUUCGAUGAGAACUACUAUUUCAAGGAUACAGACACCACCAGACACUACAAGAAAACACGGAUAAUACCGACGGAAAAACCGACCGAAAAAAAUCGGUCAGGAUUUUCCAACGGAAUUCCGACGAAAAUUUGUCGGAAAUCUAUUUCGGCAAAUUCGUCGGAACUGCGUCGGAAAAUACUGACAGACUAAUUUCGUCGGUAUUUGGUCAUACGAUCCCGACAGAAAACCGACAAAAAACUGACAAAAAUAUGACCGUUGCAAAAAGUUGACACAUACCGACGAAAUACCGACGCAGUACCGACAAUUUUGGAACUCGGUCAGAAUUCCGUCGGUAUAUUCCGACGGAUUACCGACGGAUUGAACACCCUUUCACUUCCCGAUGGAAUACCGACGAAUUUGCAGCCGUUGCACUUCCCGACGAAAUACCGACGAAUUAUGUAGCCGUUAGUAUCCGUUUAAAUUACCGACGGAACACCGACGGGUUUUGUACGUUAAUUUAGCCGUUAUUAUUCCCGACGGAAUACCGACGAAUAUUUGCCGUCGGGAAGUUUUCCAAAUUCAUUAUAAAUACGACCUCUCCUUCAUUCAUUCAAAUCACAACAAAACAAUAUAAAUUAUGGGUACUCCUUAUAAUUUCCGUUCUUGGUUAGAUCAACCUCAUAUGGAUCCAAAUACAAAUUUACUUACGGAGGAAUACACACGUGGUAUUCAAGAAUUCAUGGGGGUGGUUCAAAGUCAACCGGAAGCAAGAACAAGUAAGUAUUUAUUAUGUCCAUGUUCUACUUGUAAGAAUAAUAUCCGUGUCAAAAAAAUGGAAGUAUGGAGUCAUUUAUAUUUGAAAGGAUUUACACGUGGUUAUAAGAUUUGGUAUCUUCAUGGAGAAAGAUUUGAGUAUGGUAGUAGUAGCGAACCUCAAACUGCCGAUAGGUUAGAUGAACCUACCACAAAUGUAGAUUUUGGGGUAGGGACUGUUCAGAUGGUAUAUGAUGCAUAUGGAGAAAAUUUACCGUCGGGUGAAGAGGAAGGAGAUAGACAAGAACAACCCAAUUUAGAAAAUUUCCCAUGUGAAGAGGAAGGAGAACGAGAACAACCCAAUCUAGAAGCGAGAAGAUUUUUUGAAAUGUUAGAUGCAGCUAAGCAGCCAUUGUAUCAAGGAUGUAAAGAUGGGCAUUCACCUUUAUCAUCCGCAAGUCGAUUGAUGGCGCUAAAGACUGACUAUAAUUUGGCUGAAGAAUGUGUGGAUGCGAUUGCAGAUUUUGUUAGAGAUGUUCUACCAGAAGAUAAUCUUGCACCUGGCUCAUAUUAUGAGGUACAAAAAUUGGUCGCUGGUCUUGGCUUACCAUAUCAGGUGAUAGAUGUAUGCAUCGAUAACUGCAUGAUUUACUGGAGAGCAGAUGAGAACAGGGAGAAUUGUAAAUUCUGUCGGAAACCUCGUUAUCAGGAUACGAGUGGAAGAGUUCCGGUGCCAUACAAACGAAUGUGGUAUUUGCCGUUGACUGAAAGAUUAAAGAGGUUAUAUCAGUCUGAACGAACAGCAGAACCAAUGAGAUGGCAUGCAGAGCACUUAACAAAUGGUGAGAUAACACAUCCUUCCGAUGCAGAGGCGUGGAAGCAUUUUCAAUCAACAUAUCCAGAAUUUGCAUCUGAGGUAAGAAAUGUGUAUCUUGCAUUAUGCACAGAUGGUUUCAGCCCAUUUGGAAAGCAUGGAAGACAAUAUUCAUUGUGGCCGGUAAUCUUGACACCUUACAACUUACCACCACAUUUGUGUAUGCGACGGGAGUUUUUGUUCCUCUCAAUUCUCGUUCCCGGGCCAGAUCAUCCUAAGAGAUCACUGGAUGUAUUUCUUCAGCCAUUGAUAUAUGAGCUGCAAUUAUUAUGGGAGCACGGUGUUCAUACAUACGAUGUUUCGCGGAAAGAGAAUUUUCAGAUGCGAGCAGUACUUAUGUGGACAAUAAGUGAUUUUCCAGCAUAUGGUAUGUUAUCUGGAUGGACCACACAUGGGAGGCUAUCAUGUCCUUAUUGCCAAGACAACACAGAUGCUUUCCAACUAAAAAAUGGUCGGAAAACGUGUUGGUUUGACUGUCACAGGAGAUUUCUACCACACGAUCAUCCAUAUCGUAAGAGUAAGACAUUGUUUACAAAGAACAAGAGGGUGUUUGACAGUCCACCUGAAGAAGUAAGUGGCAAAAAGUUGAAGGAACAAUUAAGAGAUUUUGGUGCAGAUAGAACGCCAGACGUGGGUGGAAACGGACAUGAACCGAUUUAUGGUGUAGGGGAAAAUCAUAAUUGGCAUAAGAAAAGUAUCUUCUGGGAUUUGCCCUAUUGGGAGACUCAUUUGUUGCGGCACUGUUUAGAUGUCAUGCAUAUUGAGAAGAACUUUUUCGACAAUUUGAUGAACACCAUCCUUGAUGUCCAAGGCAAGACAAAGGAUAACUUGAAGUCAAGACUGGAUUUGGUUGAUAUUUGUGCUCGUCCCGAACUUCAUGUUGAUGAGCACGGUAAAGGUCCUAUUCCCAUAUAUCGACUGGAUGCAACUGCAAAAGAAGAAAAUUUUUAAUAUUAUAAAAAAAAUUUCUACAAUUGUAACUUUCUAAAAAAAAAUUUGUAUUUAUUUUGCAGCAAGAGUUCACUUGGGAAUCAGGGAUUACAGAACAAGUGAAAAUUGUUUUCCGCCGCAAAGCAGCUUCGCACUACACCAAGCGGAUCAAUGAGUGGAAGCAAAAAUUCGAUGUUGGCGAGGUCCCAAAGCACAUCAACCCAGACGUUUGGCGGGAUUUGUGUGCUCAUUGGACGAAAGAUGAGACAAAGUCUUUGUCGACAAUCAACUCGCAAAAUCGGUGUAGCGGGCGUGGCGGGAAAGGGAUGUUUGUCCACAACUUAGGGGCAACAAGUUUACAGACCCGAGCACUUCAGCUAAUGAAGGAAAACGGUGGAGUUCCCGUAGAUGAUUUUACCCUGAUGAAGAACGCCUAUACCAACAAGAAGACUGGGGAGAUUCAGGAUGGACUUAUUAAGGGCGUAAUCCAGGUCGUGGAAAAUCGAAAAGUGGAUCUCCUCGCGACUCAAGCUUCUAUGUGUGAAGAAGGCGAUUCUGCAUCUUCCAACUCCUUAACCGUAGAGCAACUCAACAACCUUGUUCUCGAGGCUGUUCCAAAGAAAAAGGGCCGUUAUGUUGGAUUGGCUCGUUCGACCGGAGGGGCUUCUUCUUCUUCUUCAGCUCACUAUCCACUCGUUGAUGAGCUUAUGGAGCAGAUUAAGACCAAGGAUACGGAGAUUGAGUUCCUGAAGCAAGACAAUGCUGAAAUCCGGGUUGAGCUCCAGCAAAACCGAAUGACUAUGGAGGAAAACAAUGUUCUCACCCAGACCUUGUUGCAGAAGUUUAGGACCCGAUUCGGUGAAGACUUUUAGUUGUUUUUUAAUUUUCAAAAACUUUUUAUUACUUUUUAUAACUUUAAUGUAUAAUAAUGUUGAAUUUAUAUAUCUAUAAUGUUUUUAAGAAAUUAUCAAUUUUUUUCAUGAAAUUAAAUUAAGAAUUAUAAAAAUUAUUUUUUUAAUUAAAAAAGGAAUACCGACGGAUAGAGUUAUCCGUCGGAAUUUCUACAUUUUUCCGACGACUAAGAUCCAUCGGUAUAUUCAUGAUAUUCCGACGGAAUAAAGUCGUCGGUUUUAUUUUCAAUUACCGACGGAAUCUUUUCGUCGGCAUUUUCUGAAUAUUCCGAUGAACACCCUUUGUCGGUUUUUUUUAAAUUCCGACGAAUUCUCGUCGUCGGUAUUCUCUAUAAAUACCGACGGAUACGUAUCGUCGGAAAUUUUAGAUAAAAACCGACGGAAUACUUUCGUCGGUAUUUGCCGACGAAAUAUGUUCGUCGGUAUUUACCGACAAAUUUCCGACGAAUAUCUGUAUACCGACGAGAUGAUACCGACGGACAUUUUUCGUCGGUAUUCCAUCGGUAUGCGGCUUUCCCGACGAGAUUAUGACGGAUUUGUCCAUCGGUAUCGCGCAGUUUUCUUGUAGUGAGAGGAGUAAUAGAUAGACUCUCUCGGGAUUCCCUUGGGCUUUAUAAUGAAAGAAUGGUCUGAAUAUGUUUUGUAUUGUGCUUUUCUUUUAAAAAAAUUCUAUGAAUGUUUUUAAACCCUUUUGUUUCACAGGGUAAAGGUUAUGAAUUUGUCGAGGUUAUCAAAGCCAAUACUCACCCGACCGGUACUGCUGCCCAUAUCUUUUACAUUACCUUUAGAGCUAAAGAGCCUCCAGAUGAUCAGCCAAAAGACUUCCAAGCUAUGGUCUGCUAUUUCUGUUAUACCUCAAACAAGUACCACUCCUGUGAACUGAAACCCGAGAAGAAAGAUACUAUUAAUUAAUUCAGCUUUUGAAUCAAUCAUUAGUCUACAGCAAUGUCAUGAAUGGGUUGCGUUGUGCAUCCUUUUCUACUUGUUAUAAUACUGCGCUCUACUUAUUUUCAUUGUUUUGGCAGUUCACUCCAUUGACCUGCUGAGAAAGAAGACGUCAAGAAAGUCAGGUAUAUGAAAUGCCUAUCUAUAAAAAGGUCUUCUUUACUUUGUUGUGUGGUUCUAUUUUAGAUGUAUCUUUCUUUACUUUGUUGUCUUUUCCUUUUUGUGUUGGUUUUAGAUGGUUCUUGCUCUUAUAUACAUAUAUUAAAAUGUGGUUUUCACUUGAUGAAUGUUGGUUGUUUUUUAUUGAUAUCAUCAGGCUGACACAUGAGGUAUCUACUGCCUAAUCAUGCAUGGUGGUGAGACGACCGAGUCUAGCUAUGUAUCCAGACUUGUACUAGUUUUACCAUUUGCCUUGUUCGUUUUGGUGUGUUCGAAGUUCAACUUCUGUUCUGCUUUUGUUGUUCGUUUGGUGCUUUCGAAGUCCCCUAGUUCUGUUGUUUUUGUUAUUCAAAAUUAGCUAGUUCUGCGUCGAACUAGUGACUAGUAACAAUAUUUUUUUUUAUAACGCUGAUUUAUUAUGACAUUACAUUUAUGAGAAAAUUACAUAGACGAUUCGAGAAUCGAUAAUACUAUCUGCCUUAUGAAGAUCUACGCCUAACUGCAUCUGAGCCGUACUAUGAAGAUUCCUUCCUGACUAGAUUUACUUGCAUCAUGUUGAAGAUUUCUUGUAAAUCUGUAAUCUACAAGAAAUUGCAUAGUCUGGGGUUCGAACCCUUUAAACCUUAUCCAUUAGGCUACGGUGCUUCCAUUUUGACUAGUAACAAUAUGAUUACCUUUUUGAGUUUUUUCUCUUCACCUAACUAUUUUGUUUCCUUACCAACUAUGUUUUCACCCGGUUAAUUUUUCUUUAUCCAUUCACUCUCCUCUCUAUAAGGGGAGGAUAAGUGACUCCACGGUGUAGCUGAACAAAAAUAAUGAACUCAUAAUAGUAAACCACUAAACUUGUUUAACUAAUCAAGUUCAUUCUCAUAAAAGAAUGUUGAAUCAUCAUUUUUUGUUUCAACUUUGUCGUUAUUGUUAAUACAAGCUUGUUGGGAUAAGCUUAAGAAGCAAGCUACCUAAUCCUAUUGUGUUUGUGAUUAUCUUCAAGCUUAUCCCAACAAGCUACCUAAUCCUAUUGUGUUUGUGAUUAUCUAAAUAAUAUAUACCUAAUGAGUUUAGGAGUUUAGAUUAAUAUAUAAGGAGAUUCAAGGGUGUUGCAUAACUUGUGAGUUUUAUGAGUUUGAGAGCUUGAGGUUUUGAGUUAGUUUUCUCAAGAGAUUAAUAAGAAGAGUUCUUAUUUGUGAGUUUAUACAUUUGGUAUCAGAGCAAAACAGAGAUCAUGAGUGAUAUCGUACCAGCGAUUGGUAAGAUAAAGGAAGGAGGGGGUUCUUCUACAAUCAAGUGUCCUAUGCUUACCUCGACGAACUAUACAGUGUGGGCUAUGAGGAUGAAGAUUACACUAAGGGUACACAAAGUCUGGGAAGCAAUAGAAGUUGAAACCGCGGGCAUUGAUAAAAACGACCAAGCUCUAGCUUUGUUGUUUCAAUCAAUACCAGAAUCUCUAAUCCUUCAAGUAGGAGAGCUUGAAAAAGCUAAACAAGUAUGGGAUGCCAUCAAAGCGAGAUACGUGGGAGCUGAGCGAGUGAGAGAAGCUAGACUACAGACGUUAAUGACUGAAUUCGACAGACUAAAUAUGAAAGAAACAGAGAGUAUUGAUGACUUCGGAGGAAAGUUAUCAGAACUUGCGUCUAAGUCAUCCGCGCUGGGAGUUAAUAUCGAAGAAACAAAGUUUGUGAAGAAGUUUCUCUCAAGUCUACCUCAAAAGAAAUACAUACAUAUUGUUGUUUCGCUUGAACAAGUCCUGGAUCUCAACACAACAAACUUCGAAGACAUUAUUGGGCGUUUAAAAGCAUACGAAGAGAGGAUAUUUGAUGGCGAAAACGGUGAAGAAGAUCAAACAAAGCUGAUGUAUGCGUCUAACGAUGGACAAAACAUUCAAAUAAAUCGUUCAUCACAAGAUCAAUCAAACCGUGGUUCACAAGAAAACAACUACUAUGGAGAUUCUUAUAGAGGAAGAGGUAGAGGAGGCCGUUCCUACUACAGAGGGAGAGGCUGUGGUCGGUACAAUGGAGGAAGAGGUUACAAUGGAGGAGGAUACAAUGGAGGAAGGGGUCACUCUGAAAGAGAUGCGUCGAAGAUAACAUGUUUCCAAUGUGAUAAAGUUGGACACUUUGUAGCCCAAUGUCCUGAACUCCUUCUCAAGUUGCAGGAAGCUCAAGAAACCGACAACACUGAAACACACGAGGCUGACGAGCUUAUAAUGCAUGAGGUAGUCUUUUUGAAUGAAAAGAACGUUCUACCCGAGAAGUAUGAAACAAAUUCUGGAGGAGAAAAUAUAUGGUAUCUUGAUAACGGAGCAAGCAACCAUAUGACUGGAGAUCGACGAUACUUCUCUUACGUUGAUAAUACUAUUACCGGAAAAGUAAGAUUUGGGGAUGACUCGAGAAUAGAUAUAAAAGGCAAGAGAACAAUAUCAUUCACGGAUAUGAAUGGAGAAGCAAGAAAAAUGACAGAUGUUUACUUCAUUCCGGAUUUGAAGAGUAAUAUUAUAAGCUUAGGUUAAGCUACAGAAGCUGGUUGUGAUAUAAGACUAAGAGGAGAAGAGCUAACAAUGCAUGAUCAUCACGGAAAAUUACUUGUCAAAGCAAAGCGAUCAAGGAACAGAUUAUACAAGGUUCAAAUGGGAAUACGGAGUAAUGCUCGUCUAUAUCUAUCUUCAACAACAGAAUCAAAACGUUGGCAUGCCUGGUUAGGGCACAUAAACUUCAAGUCCCUGAAAGGAAUGAUACAGAAGGAACUUGUAUUCGGCAUCCCAAGCUUGAACAUCGAAAAAGAAGUGGGUGGAUCUUGUUUACUUGGCAAGCAAGCAAGACAUUCAUUCCCUAAAGAUACCACAUAUCGAGCAAGCGGCGUACUAGAACUACUUCACAGAGACUUGUGCGGGCCCAUAACACCAAGAACGCCCACUGGUAAUAGAUAUGUCUUUGUAGUCAUCAACGACAAUACCAGAUACAUGUGGACAAUGCUGUUAAAAACAAAAGAUGAAGCGUUCAUGAAAUUUCAGAAGUUCAAAGCUGUAGUAGAAAAGCAAACGGGAAAGAAGAUAGGAACUUUCAGAACGGACCGGGGAGGAGAGUUCGUGUCUAAGGAGUUAAAUACGUUCUGUGAAAGCUAUGGCAUCAAGAGGCAUCUAACAGCUCCAUACACACCGCAACAGAACGGAGUUGUGGAACGGAGAAACAGAACAAUGAUGGAGAUGGUAAGAAGUAUUCUAAAGCACAUACAUAUGCCAAACUAUCUUUGGGGAGAAGCCAUACGGCAUUCGACAUAUCUUCUUAAUCGUGUAGCUACCCAAGCAUUGAAGGAAAAUACGUCGUAUGAAGGCUUUCGUGGUAAGAAACCAAAUAUUGAACACUUGAGAGUGUUCGAGUGCAUAGCUUAUGCAAAGAUCGAUGGAAUAGUCCUAAAGAAACUUGACGAUCGAGCACGUAUGCUAGUAUAUCUAGGAACGGAGCCUGGAUCAAAGGCAUAUCGACUGCUUGAUCCACAAACCCGUAAGAUAGUGGUCAACAGAGAUGUCGUAUUUGACGAGACUAGAGGGUGGAAUUGGAGUACGAAUAAGGAGGAAGAACAGAACAUCGAUAGCUUUGUGGUAACACUCGGAGAAUAUAGGAAUCAUGGGAUUGAUGAUCAAGUUAACAAAGAUAAACAACUAUGUCUGGAGCAAGACAUCAAUGAAGCAUCA